AUGGAAACGAAGGGGUACGGCAGCGCUGCUCAGGAGGAAAAGAAGGACAGCCCUGGGGACACGGGUGUAAAUCCCAGUGUUCUCAACGAUACCCUGCAAGGAGAUGCGGCGCACCUCGAGUGCGAGGCGACGCCCCCUGAAGAGGGGCCAGCAAUCCCACAUGUCAUCAUUGACUCUACAAAGGACUUGUGGCAGAACAUAAUACUCAACACAAGGGAUAACCAGGUGACACAGACGGAGGUAAAUGCUUUGAUUGUUGGAACCUCCGGUGGUGGGAAAACUAGCAUUCUGCGUCGUCUUUUUUCUGGUAUGAACACCGCCAGCUCCUCCAUUCCAAAGAGUUCUCUCAAGGUAAAGCCCACCACCGCGUUGGAUUACUCAUUUGCAAGACGUAAUGACCGACAUAUUCCACAGGUGGCACACUUCUGGGAAUUGGCGCAAGGGACGGAAUUGUCGCAGCUUUGCGAUGUGGUUGUUACUCCGGAGAAUGUGCACACGAUUCUGCUGGCUAUUGUGGUUGAUUGUUCUGAGCCAUCGACCAUGUGGGAUACAGUGGCGUACUGGGUGAAGCGUGUGGACCGCCGCGUCAUGGAGAUAUUGCAAAAGAUGCGUGCCAAGGGAUCAACAACGCCGGAGAAGCUCCUGACUCGAGCCAAGCGUCUACUGGGCAUGGAUCACCCCGACAUGGAUCGCCUGCGCCUUUCUGGGAUUCCAACCAUUAUUAUCUGCAACAAAUUAGAUGCUUUUGCAGGGGACAUGACGAUGUUAAAGACAUUGGUACGCUGCAUGCGUUUUAUUGCACACAUGUACGGCUGUUAUUUGAUAUUCACGUCUGAGGCAGACACAACAAAGUUACGCGCGGUAAUGAAUCAUCUCAUUUUUGUGUCUAACUUUGAUUUAAAACACAUUGAAUUGGAUCCUGAGCGCGGUGCUGUUCUUGUCAUUCCAAGUGCGGACACCUUUGCUGACAUUGGCGAGCCGGUAGUAUGCGACAUGGGGAGUUUUCAGUCCACUGGAGACACGGAACUUGACCGCUGGAAGGCGUCGUUAGAUGCCACAUUUUCGGCGAAGCAAUCAGAGACUCGAACGCAUAAUGACUCGUUUUUGAAGCGUUUGUAUGACACGGGUGAAAACGGGUUUGGGGAGCCAACCAUCGAUGCCGUGCAAAAGCAGAAGGAAGACGAACUGGAACAGUACAGGAAGAAUGCCUUCAAGCGGGAAAAGAGCAACAACGAGGACAGAGGCAAAUUGAAGAAAAAAGAGAGGGAGUGA